AUGAGUUUGGCGGUGUAUUUCCCGAGCGACGGUCGAGAGUUGGAACAAGAUUACAGAGCGUUUGAGAGCCGACUAAACAGCACUCGCAAGAGAACAAUUGUUUUCUUCGAUGAGUCGAUCACCGGGUAUCUCGUGUAUAAAGGGAACCGGGCCCGCAGUACAACCGUGGAUAUAGAAGUUAAUGUGAUCCCUAAAGAUAUUCUAGAGAACGAAGGGGUUCAGAAUUCCUUCUUGGAAGACGUCGCUUCAAAGGACACAGCCUUUGGAACUUUUGAAACGUUUUCCACAAAGGUCACUGCUUCCGAUGUUAUCUUCAAUAAAGAAACCGAAGAUAAUACAGUGGUUAUAGUGUGGAAGGUAACAUUACCAUUGGUCUAUCCUAAAAGGCGUUUGCACAACCCUAAGUUCGUCAUUUCAUGUUACUACGGUCCAUUCGAUGAAGUUCCCAAGUCGCACGAGUCAAGUCCUUGUAUCGCGCCCGAUGUUGGUGCUCACGAAGUCCAUCUUAAAGACUUCGCUCCAGCAGAUGGAAAUUUGUUAUCUGAGCUUUCAGUUCCCUUCCACCACAAUUCAUUGACUCUUUUACAGAAUAACAUCUUAGAGGAACGGAAAAUAUCAAACAGCUCAUCCAACGAGUCAUUGAAUACUUUCAAAUUGGAGGACCAUCAUAGGAUAACUUGUCGAGCUACGACCAAUAUCGAUAUAUGUACGCCCUUGGUGAUCCGACUUAAAUCAACAAAGCCAGCAGGUAGAAACGAGUGCUUGUUGGCCACAUUGUCGAUCGACAUUUCGGAGAGUUUGGUUAAGCUAAUGAAAGAAUGGGAUGAAGAUUAUUUGUUUGAGAUUGAAUCAGUUAACGUAUGUUUUAACUCUGGUGCAAUGGCAAGUUUGGAUUCUAUACAAUUCCCUGUUAAGUUGGAGUCGUCUGAAUCCAUCAGUUUGACUUAUAGAUUGGUAUGUGAUGACCAUUUAAACACAGAGAACGGAACCGACCGAAGCUCGAUUAAACCAGUGAACUUUAAAGUCGCCGUGAAAGUGUUAAGACGCGACCAGAGCUUCACUCCUUUGACCAAUGCGAUUACUACAAAUUGGACUCCAAGUUUAGAUUUUGGUGUGAUUGCUCCUCCUACAAAUAACUCCCUUAAAACUUCAAUAUCGAGUCAAGCGUACUCCCAAAUCCAAACUCCGAUCCUGUCUAACGUCGUCAUGACUCCACACAUAGGCUCGUCAUCCAAUUUGUCAAAGUUAAGUGUCAAGAAGAUCUUUCCUUCUUCCAGCGGUGGCGCCAAUGGGUUCAGCCGACUGCCAUUACAGUCAUUCCAGGCUCAGAAGAAAUUGAAUCGAUCGCUAAUAACUCCUCUAAACUCAUCACCAAUUACGGUUAAUCUAGCCACUAAUGCCAGCUCGGCCUUAUCUGGUUUGAAAUUGAUCUUCGAAGGCAGAUUCAACAUGAAAUUGGGCGAGGUCACCAAAUGGAAGGUUAAGGCGAUGAAUAACUCGUUAAACAGAAUGAGCCUUUCGUUGAUUAUGCAGAAUCCAAUCAAUUUUAAUCCAGUUUAUGUCAACCCAGGGUUGCAAUUUAACAAUAACAACUUCCUGUCUUCCAAUUUACUAUCCAGUACCAAAGCUACGGGUGAUAUUUUAAUCUACAACAAGCUCGACUUGCAAUCGCAAUACAGUUCACUCAAGCAACAACAAAAUGGAGUGAUAGUUCUCAACAACGAUAUCCGAAUAGGACCAUUGGACCCAAACUCAGUAUUUGAAACGGAGUUAACAUUAAUUGGUAUUUCAAAAGGUAUAUACAAUCUCACGGGCCUAAAAGUGUUCGAAAUCAAUAGCGGAGACGGUUUGGAUUUUGGAAAGUUGGUGGAAGUGUUUGUUGUAUAG